CUAUUGGCUGUUUGCGGUAGUUCAUGACGUAAGCGGUGAGAGCUGAUGUAAGCAGGUUCCAGCUUGCCACACCCUUGGUACGAGCUACCACGCCCAUGGCAGUAUAAAAACCAUCUCGUUUUGUCAAAACCACUGUUUAUUUUGUGUAGCCUAGGUAGUUAAUUAGCAUAUUUGUUAGUGUAGUAUUGUUAGAAGCAUAGUUAGUUAGUAGCAUAGUAUUGCGUCAGUUAGGAUAGCUUCAAGUUAGCAUAGAAUAUCUGUAUUUAGUACAGUGGUCAGGAUGGUACGUUGGUGUAGUGUUGCUGGUUGCAACAGCACUGCUGGACUGUAUAGCUUUCCAGACUUGGAAAUUAGGCGCCAGUGGUUGCAUGUCCUUGGCCUGGAAGACCGCGAGUUCCCGCCUAGAGCUGGAGGAGGGUGCAAACUGCAUUUUACGCGGGAUUGCUUCUCCAACGCAAUGGAGGUGGAAAUGGGCUUCUCCAAACAGCUCGCGCUGAAAAGCGACGCAGUGCCAAACGCUGCUCCUCCUGCAUGGACUCCACCACCGCACUGGCGUCUUGAGCCUACUAUGACCAGAGACAUUGGGUGCCAGACUGAACCAGUCAGCUCCAGAUCUGCAGGUGUGCAGGCUAACAUGAAGCCAAUGAGGAGAAGCAAAGCCACCCAGGCCAGAAUGCCUAACAGGAGUGUGUCGUGUGACACAGGCACACUGAUGGAGCCUUUCUCUGACUGUCCCGGGGCAACCUCUACACCAAUAAAGAGGAAAAGAUGUGAGGUGUCCACUGAUGACUCCAGCUGCCAUCAAGAUGGAAACUGCGGUCAGGCUUUGUUGACGUUGGCUUUGUGCAAACAACACAAUUGUAGGACAUUCAGCAAAAUAUGGCAGCUACACCAUGAUGGACCUCAAAGCCAACAGGGUCAUAGACAUCCAACUAGUCCAGAGCAAUGAAGUUGGAAACAGCCAAAGAAUGGAGAAGGAGGGAUUUGAAAGAAGCCUGUCUCUUCUUGAGGAAAGAGGUGUUGUGGUCCAGUCUUUGGUGACUGAUCGUCACACAGGGGUAGAGAAGUUUAUGAGGGAGCAAAAAAAGGACAUUAGACACUUCUUCGACCCUUGGCAUAUGGGAAAAGGGCUUGAUAAAAAAAAUGGAUGCCCUUAGUAAGGGUAAGGGACUGCAGGACGUGGGGCUGUGGAGAUAGAGUGUGGUCAAUCACCUUUAUUGGUCUGCGACCACAUCAACAUCUGGGGAGGAGGUAGUGGCCAAGUGGAGCUCUGUAGCAAACCAUAUUCAGAACAUCCACUGCCACGAAAACACCCUGUUUCCUUCUUGUCUUCACGAGCCUCUGGUUGGUGAUCAGACAAGACACUGGCUCAAACCAAGCACAGCAGCAUGUGAAAAAUUCACAGCAAUUUUGUUGUCACCACAUCGUCUUAAAGACAUGCUCAAAAUUAGUCCAGAAUACCACACCUCUGGAAUCGAGUGUUUCCACAGCCUCAUUCUGAAGU